GGCUAGCAUCCGAUUCGCUGGAAAUCCCUGGCCGGUAGUCUGAACACUGUCAAUGAGAUGUACGAUUCCCGUUGUGAUGGCGAGUGUUGGCGGAGUCGCGGACUCUGCCCUGUUCAUGCUGGUUGAGGACGUCGCGCAUGUGAGGGCCAGAAGAGGCAGGCAGAGUGUGUAAUCGGCACGGCGCGAACUCGGUAUAUACGUUGUGUCUGGCUGUUCUGACCUUCUCCAGAGCUGCUCUGGAUAUUCCCUACAAACGACAUACAGGCCACCACCUCGACUACACUGCAAUUCACCAUGGCGACAAACGGCAUCAAUGGACAUGGCGCUUUCAAGCUACUCGAGCAGCCGGCGUACACCCCCACCAGGAAGAUGCGCGUUGUCUGCGUCGGCGCUGGGUUCUCAGGUCUCAUGGUUGCGCAUAAGGUCCAGCAUGAGCUGAAGCUCGAGGAUGAAGUUGACUUGGCGAUCUUCGAUCGUAACCAUGACAUUGGUGGCACGUGGCUGGAGAACACGUACCCUGGAGCUGGAUGUGAUAUCCCUUCUCAUACCUACGUAUUGCCCUUCGAAGGCAACCCGGACUGGUCUUCGUUCUAUGCUGGCCAGGAGGAGAUCCUCGCAUACAUCAAGCGUACGGCCGACAAGUACAACCUGCGCAAGUACGUGCAGCUGAACACGACAAUCCUGGAAGCGAUCUGGAAUGAGGAUGCUGCGGCAUGGAAGCUCAAGGUGGAGCAGGGCGGCGAGGUCAAGGAGGUUGAAGCGGACUUUUUGAUCAAUGGCGGAGGUUUCCUCAAUAAGUGGAAGUGGCCAAAUGUCAAGGGCCUUGAUGAGUACAAGGGCAAGCUGGUUCACACAGCCAAGUGGGACCCCGACUACGACUACACCGGGAAGAAGGUCGCCGUGAUCGGUAAUGGGUCGUCCGGCAUCCAGGUCGUGCCGGCGAUGCAACCCAAAGUCGAGAAGCUCGUCAAUUUUGUGCGACAGCGCACAUGGAUUUCGGUCAACUUUUUGGGUGAAAAGACGCCAGCAGGCGUCAAUUUCAAGUACAGCGAGGAACAAAAGAAGACGUGGAGAGAAGACCCCAAGGCUCUCUACCAGUACCGUAAGGAGCUGGAGCAAGGAGUGAAUGCGUUCUACUAUGUGAUGUGCCUUGAUCAUCCUCUCCAGCAGUUCUACGAGGGCCUAUGCAGGGAUAAGAUGCAUACGUCGACGAUCAAUGCGCCCGAGCUCGAGAAGAGAACAGUUCCCGAGUACCGUCCUGGCUGUCGUCGCCUUUCCCCUGGUGAGGGCUACUUGGAGGCGUUGCAGCAACCCAACUGCAAGGAUAGCUGGGAUGUGAUUGAGUCCUUUACGGAGAAGGGCAUCAAGACCGUCGAUGGCCAAAUCCAAGAAUUCGACAUGAUCGUCUGUGCCUCUGGCUUCGACAGUUCUUGGAUCCCGCAGUUCAAGAUGGUCGGCCGAGACGGUGCUACUCUGAAUGAGAUGUGGAAGGACGACCCGCGAGCCUUUUUCGCUACACAAGUCGAGAAUUUUCCGAAUUACGGCAUCGUGAACGGCCCGAACCCGCCCAUCUCGCACGGCUCCGUCCUUUCUGAGAUGGACUUUAUCAUUUCGUACCUUAUGAAGUGGAUCAUGAGGAUGAAUCGUCAAAACAUUCGGACAAUUGAAGUGAAGAAGGAGGCGGUUGACGACUUUAACGAAUACUCUCAAGAGCUCCUCAAGCGGACUGUGUGGUCCGGCGAUUGCCGCACUCUAUAUAAAAAUGGUCGUGCAACCGGAAAGGUCACCGGCGUUUACGCUGGAUCAAUAAUGCACUUCAAGAACGGUCUUGACAAUGUGGGCGGAGAGCAUUUCGACAUCACUUGGAGGUCGAGGAACCGCUUCCAGUGCUUGGGCAAUGGCACGGCGGAGGGUGAUGCCAACGGCUCAGGAAACCUAGCACCGUACUUCACGGAGGCUUUUGCAAACUGCUAGAAGGCUCAUGUUGAAUGGACAGGGUGUAAACGUUGCCGAGAUGCAGUAAUGCAGGUUGCAGAUCGAGGAACGGGACACGGUGAUUAACAGUGUCAUAACACUUGUUGAACUCAGGCUGUUUGUCAUCAAUUGAAAGUAAAAGAGUCCUCAACGAAGAUACCCUCAUGAUUAGUGUGUCAUGACCUGAUCGAUCUAUUAAUAGCCCACCCGAG